AUGGCGGACGCUUUCAAGGCCCGCUCGCUGAAACGAAAGAACGUCAAGGGGCUUGCUCUCAAUGCAGCAGCUUCAAAGCCAGGCCUGAAGCCCUCAGAUGGCGAUGCUCAGAUUCCCGGGGCUAUUGGAAACGUGGACUCCAACAGGACAGACACCCUCGAGAUUGGCCUGGAAUUCAAACUCGACCUGCGCAGUGAAGACCUGAUAGUGCUCAAGGAGCUCGGUGCUGGCAAUGGAGGGACCGUCAGCAAGGUCAUGCACGCCUCGACAAAGGUCGUCAUGGCCAGAAAGAUCAUCAGAGUCGAUGCAAAGGAGGAAGUACGGAAGCAGAUCCUCAGAGAGCUCCAGGUCGGCCACGACUGCAAUUCGGCCCAGAUCGUCACAUUCUACGGAGCAUUCCAGAACGAAGCCAGAGAUAUUGUACUCUGCAUGGAAUACAUGGACUGCGGAUCUCUAGACCACAUCUCGAAAAACUUUGGCCCCGUCAGAGUCGAUGUACUGGGAAAAAUCACCGAGUCCAUCUUCGCCGGUCUCGUCUACCUCUAUGAAGCCCACCGGAUCAUGCACAGAGACAUCAAGCCGUCAAACGUCCUAGUAAACUCAAGAGGCAGCAUCAAGCUGUGUGACUUUGGCGUUGCUACCGAGACAGUCAAUUCCAUAGCUGAUACAUUUGUCGGCACCUCCACUUACAUGGCUCCAGAACGUAUCCAGGGAGGCGCAUACUCUGUACGGUCCGACGUCUGGAGUGCUGGCUUGACCGUCAUGGAACUGGCUGUGGGAAGAUUCCCCUUCGACACCUCGGAUACCUCUGCCGGAGACAGGGCGAGUGCGGGACCCAUGGGCAUCCUCGACCUGCUCCAGCAGAUCGUGCACGAACCAGCUCCCAAACUACCCAAGAGUGAUGCCUUUCCCAAGAUAUUGGACGAAUUUGUUGCAAAGUGUCUGCUGAAGAAGCCCGAAGAACGACCAACUCCACGACAGCUAUACGACCACGAUGCAUUCAUUCUAGCGGCUAAGAGAACCCCUGUCAAUCUUCGGGAAUGGGCGAUCAGCAUGAUGGAGCAGCACAACAGAAAAUCAUACCUUGCUCCCCCGGCCCCCAAGGCCAUCACCCGCGAUGGCGGAUCAGGCGAAUCUCCGUCCUCCUCCGGCCCUCAUACCCCAGACGAGACCCCUCGCCAGGCUACCUCCGGAGAAAUCCCGCUCAACAUCGCAGGAGACAUCACGCCCCGAUCGCGGCCCCAAGCCACCUACGGCAUAGAUAACUCUCCAUCAAUGGGCUUCGAGAAGCUAUCACUCAACACCAACCAGGGCCAGACCUACUCUAGCGGCUCGGUUCCUCGCUCCUCCCGCUCUCCGUAUCCUCACUCCGCUACAUCCACGUCUCAAGGCCCCUUUGCUGCGCCCCGUCCCGCACCUUCACCAGUGUAUCAUACUACCAGGAACGGCUCGCAGUCCGCUGGUCUUCCGCACCUAGCUGGUCCUCCGCCAAAGGGCCCCUUACCCAUACCCCCUACCUCUGACUCCUGGAGAAGCCAGUCACAGAACCGGAUAUGA